AUGGCACAACAACAUCGGGAAAAUAUGUGGUAAGUUGACUUUCGUUAUUUACAGCUAAGUAUUUAAGGCAAUCCUACAAGUAUUUUUUGUGUAUAUUUUCAGGAGAGAUCGAUUUAUGAGCGAACUGGAAAAUGAUGAGAUUAAUCUCCAGCUUUGUGCCGUGGACACAUUUUCUUGGUCCCCUGAAACUCAAGAGGAGAUUCUUGCGGAAUGGAAUGAUUGGCAACACGAUGAAACAGCUUCGCCAGAACCAAGUUUGUGUUGUGAUGAAUGUGGUCGCGUAUUUACGCGUUCGGACAACCUGAACCGACAUAUGUGACAAAAACCACGAGUGUUCGCGUUGUCGCAAAAAGUUUAAUCGAAAGGUAUGUAAUUUACAGGGAUAUAUUUCAAAACAUUGUUGAGAUAAGUACUUUUGGUGUUUAAAGUUUAAACUAUAAUUUAUAUGGUUGAUAUUAUUUAGCAUAAAUUAGCAUAAAGUACCGUAAUACAGUUAAUAUAUACAGUACAUCGGACACGUGACUAUACGUUCGUUGAACGUUAUUUAGAUCCGCCAUUAUCCAUGUAGUUGUUGUUUUCAAGCGGAAAAACUAUAUUUUGUGAACCUUUUAGUUUCUUUUACAACAAUAAAUUACAUAAUCUAACAGGUUAUGGGCCCAGGAUCGUGGUAAUGGAUAGCCAAACGAUAAAAUGGCUAGUUUUUAACGGAAAAGCUGAAAACUACCCAGCAUGGAGCACAAAGUUCACCGCGUAUAUGCAAACGAAAGGUUUAUACAAAGCGCUUCUGGGGAAAGAAGUCGCACCGGAAGAGAUAACACCGCUAGCAGGGGAUGCUUCAGACGAGCAGAAGGCCGAAUGGGAGGCAAAAGUUCAACAAAGAAAUAAACAAAUCGAAGAAAUUGAAGAAAGAAAUAAUACGGUAUGGUGUCAUAUUGCUUUAGCCCUCGACAAUAAUAGUCUUUUAUAUAUAAGACAUGAUUGCCUGUCAUCAGAUGGUGUUGGGGAUGGGGCAAAGGCGUGGCGUUUGCUACAACAGAGAUAUUCCAACGUGGAAAAGCCAAAUGUAGUAAGUCUAGUUCGUCAAAUUUCUCGAUUACAGUUAAAUGAAAAUGAAAAAUUAUCCGAAUAUUUUAUACGAGCGCAAGAAUUAAUGUCUCGAUUAACCGAAGCUGGUGAAAAGAUAUCAGAAACACUAUUUAAUGCCUUAGUUAUAAACGGACUUCCAGAGAAAUAUGAGCACUUCAUCGUACAGGAAAGUUUUAAUCCUGCAGCAGAUUUCACCGAAUUACGAACACGUUUACAAAAUUAUGAUGAUAGUCGACUACAAAGAAAUCAAGCAAAAGAAGAUGGUGCAACAGCUAUGUAUUCUGGAAAUACGUCAGGAAGAAACAAAGGUCCAAGCAAGCCGAAGGGAGAUUGUUUUGUAUGCGGAAACCCUGGACUUACUGCUCAAAGUGCAAGAAAAAGGGACAUUUACCAAAAGCAUGCAGAGGUUCAAGUAAACCUGAUAAAUCCACAAAAGAACCCAACUCAUUUGCAUCAUAUUCUCAAUGUAUGAACAGUGGUACUGAAACAAGCAUUUUAACAAAAAUGUUAAAAAUCCAAAGGGAAAUUUUACUCCUGUUGAAGGAAUUGGUGAUGUACCAGUAAAGCUCCAUCUGAAAAAUGGAAAAGAGGAAGAAAUGGUUCUACGAAACGUACUUUAUGUACUUUAAGUGAACCUGCUUUCUGUCAAUCGAUCCGUCAGAUUUGGACACAAAUUCGUAUUUAAUAAAAGUGAAGCAAAGUUAAGAUUAAAUCAUGGUCCACAAGUCGAUCUCACUGAAGACAGUGGUUUAUUUUAUCUGAAGAUUACCUUUCAAAGGUCCAGUGCAUGUCAUUCUACCACUUACAACACAAAUAAAGCAGCAAUCAAAGGAGGUAUUAAUCUGUAACACCAAAGGCUCGGACACUUAACAAGGAUGACGUCAAACGCACCAUUAGCUGUGAAGAUAAUUUGAAGGAAGUAUGCGAAACGUGCGCACUUGGAAAGCAAUCUAGUAAACCUGUACCGAAAGAAACGCAGAACAAGUCGCAGAAAGCUCGCGAACUCGUUACUCAGAUAUACUCGGUCCAUUUGAAGUACCUAGCCUCAGUGGAUCCAGAUAUGUGA